AUGACACCAACACGAAUCAAGAAAUGGCAUCUAUUUGCGAUUUUAAUAUUGGCCGCAGUGCUGAUCACUACUUGUUUGACAUCGCCAAUUCAACAAGAACGCGAAAUUUCUAUCCAGAAACGACAGGAACCGAAAAAUAAUGAGCCAAAUAAUCAACCAAAGAAUGAAGAGACAAAAAAACCCGAUGAACCAAAAGAACAACCAAAGAAUGAAGAGACAAAACAACCCGAUGAACCAAAAGAUCAACCAAAGAAUGAAGAACCCAAAGAACAACCAAAGAAUGAAGACGCCAAACAACCCGAUGAACCAAAAGAACAGCCAAAGAAUGAAGAACCCAAAGAACAACCAAAAAAUGAAGAACAAAAAGAACAGCCAAAGAAUGAAGAGCCCAAAGAACAACAACCAAAAAAUGAAGACGCAAAACAGCCCGAUGAACCAAAAGAACAAAAACCAAAGAAUGAAGACGCAAAACAGCCCAAUGAACCAAAAGAACAACCAAAGAAUGAAGAACCCAAAGAACAACAACCAAAGAAUGAAGACGCAAAACAGCCCAAUGAACCAAAAGAACAACCAAAGAAUGAAGAGCCCAAAGAACAACAACCAAAGAAUGAAGACGCAAAACAACCCAAUGAACCAAAGGAUCAGCCAAAGAAUGAAGUGCCCAAAGAACAACCAAAGAAUGAAGACGCAAAACAACCCAUUGAACCAAAGGAUCAGCCAAAGAAUGAAGUGCCCAAAGAACAACCAAAAAAUGAAGACGCAAAACAACCCAAUGAACCAAAAGAACAAUCAAAGAAUGAAGUGCCCAAAGAACAACCAAAGAAUGAAGACGCAAAACAACCCAUUGAACCAAAAGAACAGCCAAAGAAUGAAGUGCCCAAAGAACAACCAAAAAAUGAAGACGCAAAACAACCCAAUGAACCAAAGGAUCAGCCAAAGAAUGAAGUGCCCAAAGAACAACCAAAAAAUGAAGACGCAAAACAACCUAAUGAACCAAAAGAACAGCCAAAGAAUGAAGUGCCCAAAGAACAGCCAAAGAAUGAAGACGCAAAACAACCCAAUGAACCAAAGGAACAGCCAAAGAAUGAAGUACCCAAAGAACAACCAAAAAAUGAAGACGCAAAACAACCCAAUGAACCAAAAGAACAACCAAAGAAUGAAGUGCCCAAAGAACAGCCAAAUAAUGAAGACGCAAAACAACCCAAUGAACCAAAAGAACAGCCAAAGAAUGAAGAACAACCAAAGAAUGAAGACGCCAAACAACCCAAUGAACCAAAAGAACAGCCAAAGAAUGAAGAACAACCAAAAAAUGAAGACGCAAAACAACCCAAUGAACCAAAAGAACAGCCAAAGAAUGAAGUGCCCAAAGUACAACCAAAGAAUAACGAACCUAAACAACCGGAAGAUCCUCCAGCUAAGAAACCAGACGUUAUAACUACAAUAUUCGUAAAUGAAAAGAUACCACCAGAACCAUCUCCGGAUCCAAAAAAUCCAGAUGAAAAGCCCAAUGGAAAAAACAAUGAACCUGAACCAAAGGCCAAUAACAAAGAUCAAAAUAACAAUAAAAAACCAAAUAUUGGACCAGAUGCUCAAGAAGCAGGAAAUGACGAGAAAGUAGUUUAUACAACAUUUACAAUCACCAUCACGAGUAUAAAACCAGGAUAUAGUACUAUCAUAACCACAACAAAUAAUAAAGGAGAGCCCACGUCAUAUCAAACUUAUAUACCACCGACUACGGUAGUUAUCGUUAAGAAGAUUACAUCUCCCCUUCCAGUUCCAACCGGAGAUCAAGUUGCUUUCGGUGAAUCUCUCAUUCUUGACGGAUAUCAGGGGAUUUUGGGGAUUUGGAUAAGUUUAAUAAUUGUGAUUGCGAGUAUGGUAUUUUCGAUGGUUGCGUAA